AUGAAGUUCUUCGCUGUCCUCGUCUGCUUCUCCGCUGUCCUGGCCAUCGCAAUGGCAUCCACCGCCACUACACCGACCACCACUCCCAGCACGCCCUCUUCGCCAUCGACCACGACGUACACCUACACCACCAGCCCCAGCAGCCCUUCCCCCACCUCCACCUACACCACGGACACAACCACCACGAAGCCCAUCAAGCAGCAGAUCCUGUCCCUGCUGUUCAACAAGAAGUCCGGAUAG